GCUGCGCUGCGCUGCGGAGCGGCCUGGUCCCCCCUGCCCUCCGCCGCCAUGACCCGCAGUAGGAAGCAGGCGGCGCUGGAGAGAGGAGCCGGGAAGAUGAAGCAAGAGGCGGCGAGCGCCGCGGCGGGAGCCCCAGCGGCGGCGGGAGCCGGCGGCGGAGCGGCGCCCGCCGCCUGGGGGCUGGAAGGGGAGGCGGAGAAAGUUGUGUACUCGCGCUCGCAGGUCUCCUUCGCCGGCACCAAGGCGCUGGGCGACGCCCUCAAGCUCUUCAUGCCCAAGUCCACGGAGUUCAUGAGCUCCGACUCGGAGCUGUGGAACUUCCUCUGCAGCCUCAAGCACGAGUUCUCCCCGGUCAUCCUGCGCAGCAAGGACGUCUACGGCUACGCCUCCUGCCGCGCCGUCGUCCCCGAGCCGCCGCCGCCCUCGGCCGAGCGGCCGCGCCGCCGCGCCGGCAAGCGGCGCCUGCCGGCCGCCGACGCCAAGCGCCGGGCCGUGGCGGCGGGCGGCAGCGCCAGGCGGCGGCGGCGGCGCCGGAGGCGGAGGCGGGGGAGGCAGCGCCCCGCGGCCGCGGCGCCCGGCCCGGCGGCGGCGCCCGGCCCGGCGGGGCCGCCGGGCGAGGAGGACAGCGGGCGGGCGGGCGCGGCGGAGGGCGCCGCCUGGGCGCCGCCGGGCGGCAAGUCGCUGGAGGAGAUCUGGAGGGCGGCUACCCCCCGCCUCACCACCUUCCCCACCAUCCGGGUGCGCGGCAGCGUGUGGAGCCGCCGGAGUCUGGCGGCGGCGCGGCGCCGGGCGCAGCGGCUCCUCGGCGUGGACCUGUCGCCCGUGGUGCGGGUGCGCCGCUUCCCGCUGGCGCCGUCCUGAGCCCGCGGAGCGCCUCGGCCCGGCCCGGCUCGGCCCGGCCCGCGGGGCCGGGAGGGGGCGAGGACGGCGCCUCACCCUCGCCGCGGUGCGGACAAAGAGACCGGUAUCAGUCACCUGUUUACAUUGCUUUUGUCUGGAUCAUGUUCUUCUGCUGCACUUUAUGGCCCGCUGGGGCCGGGACUGGGGGGCCGGGCCGGGCCCUGCCGCACCCCGAGGCGCGGCGAGACGCCCGGGACUGUCCGGCCAGCGUCUCGCGUGGGGACCAAGUUCCACUUCCACUUUUUUCUCCCAUUGGGCUACCUCACUGGUCCAGAAGUCCACCCAAGAAGUUAUUUUCCAAAGGAACUUGCUUUCAUGCUUGUAUAAUAAAGCACCAUCUGAUUCUUGCCUUUUUUCCCCCCCCUCCCUCCUUCCUCUUUCCCCCUUAUCCAAUGGAUUAUGUAUGCUUUGUGGUGUUGCACUAGUGUGUGCUCAGGGUAUUUUGAAUCCCAAGCAUUCCCAAGUUUCAGUUUAUGCUGAUCAAGGAUGCAUAAAGAAUGGAGGUUCAGGACUUGUGGCUGUUCUUGAUGGUGCAAAAACUUUUUUUUUUUUAUUUCAUUGGCUUAGUGAUAUAUAAAGAUGUAUUGCGCAGUAUAAUUGUUACUUUUGUAUCUAAAGUCAUUUUUAAAGUUUUCUAGUUGAACUAAGUAUUUGUUUCUAUUGAGCACCUAAAGAUAGAAUCAUCCUGAUAUUUUAUAACCCUGUUUACUUUAGGGAAGCUCACUCGGUCAACCGAAGUGAACUUAAUAAAAGUCAAAGAACGA